AUGGUUUGGGCAAAGGACGAGAGGAGGAAAAUCCUUCAAGCCUUCCCUGAUAUGCACAACUCCAACAUUAGUAAGAUUCUAGGUUCUCGCUGGAAAUCCAUGUCCAACCAAGAGAAGCAACCGUAUUAUGAAGAGCAGGCCCGGCUAAGCAAGAUCCACCUAGAGAAGUACCCAAAUUACAAGUAUAAACCCCGACCAAAACGCACCUGCAUUGUUGACGGCAAAAAACUCCGCAUCGGAGAGUACAAACAGCUGAUGAGGUCUCGGAGACAGGAGAUGAGACAAUUCUUCACUGUAGGGCAACAGCCUCAGAUUCCCAUCACUACAGGAACGGGUGUUGUGUAUCCUGGUGCUAUUACCAUGGCAACUACCACCCCAUCUCCUCAGAUGACGUCUGACUGCUCCAGCACCUCGGCCAGCCCGGAGCCCAGCCUGCCGGUCAUCCAGAGCACUUACGGCAUGAAGACGGACGGCGGGAGCCUGGCCGGGAACGAAAUGAUCAACGGCGACGACGACAUGGAAAUGUACGACGACUACGAAGAUGAGCCCAAAUCAGACUAUAGCAGUGAAAACGAAGGUCCCGAAGCCGUCAGUGCCAACUGAGGAGUGUUUGCAGAAUCAAAAUGCUCAGACUGGGGUUUUUUUUCUUCAUUAUUUUUUUCCUGAACAAAAAAAAAAAAAAAGUCUUAAAGAGCCCGCAUGCAUUUGUGGCUCCCCAAUUACAUCAGCAGAAUGGUCUUAAUUGUUUCAUAAUGUGUGAGACAGAUGGAGUUUUCCCUGAUUUUUCAUGAACUUGUGUUUUUUUUUUUUGUUUGUUUUUUAUUUAGGUGAAGACAUAUAUUAAAUAUGAGACAUCGGGACUUGAAAACUUAUCUGAAUCUAUAGCUGUCUUACCAGUCUUACUUUUUUUUUUUUUUUUUUUUUUGGUCUUUUUUUUUUUCUCUUUUGGAUGUUGAUAAAGGUUUAAGUUACUGUUUUUAGAUGGGGUUAAACAUUCUCACUCAGGUAUGCUGUGCCGGCCUACAGGUUGUGAAUGUGUUUUUAUUCUGAAUUAUGUUAGCAAACAACUGCAGAUUUCAUCUUGUGAACGCGAGCAGAAUGUCUGCGGGCACGCGAGCACGGCUGCGUGCAGAGCACUUAAAAAAGGCCUCUGAAUUCCAUUUUUCCAUGUGUAGAGUUGAACUUCUAAUGUGCCAAACUUUUUCAUCACUCUUGAAUCUUAAAAAAAAAUUUUUUUUUGAAAGUCUUAAGGGAGACACUGCAAAGUCUUAGACAAUCCUUUGGCAUCUUAAAAAAAAAAAAAAAGGAUAACCACAGGUUGUAUUUUUUCCUUUUUUUUUUUUUUCUUUUCCAGAAAAUGGUAAAGUACUCAGGAAUCUGGAGACAGGAUAUUGUAAGGAGUGAGCUUGGUUGCCACCGUGCAUGUACCCAACUGCUUUUGCCUCUUACUGUGCCAUCAGUGUGUGACAUGAUACGAUAUGAUGUGAUGUGAUGUCCACACAACAGAGCGAUCACCAGUUAUGAACAAGGCUGCUUGUCCCUGUGUGAGGCUGCCUCUCACAACCCCCAUUACCCCUUUGCCUUUAACCCUGGCAUUCAGUCUUAAACAUAUUUUCUCUUAAAUAAUUUAUUCAUUCCAGAAUGUCAAGGGUCCAAUGAUUAUUUAUUUUAAAAAGCAUUGUUGGUGGCAUUAACUUAACAAUCCUUAUUUCUACCCUUCUUUCCUCAAACCUCCCCCCCCCCAGCUUCCCCCUCUCCCCUUUUUUUUGGUCCUCCAUUACCUGCUACAGACAUGAAAAUGUAUGCAAGGAUUGUAUGUCCCCAGAACAUCUGGAAGCAUUUCUUAAACAUAAUGAUAAUUCAAGUUAAUUUUUUUAAAGCCAAAAAAAAAUUAUUCUUUACAGUAACUGGCUAUAGGACUGUGUACUUGCUGUCCAGGUAUAGGCCCUUAUAGCUGACCAGGCCAGCCUUCUGACUUCCUAUUCUAUGUCCAAAUCCUAUGGGAGCUGAUCUCAUCAGGGAGUGAUGAGGCAGGCUUCAGGACCUCCCCAGCAGGAGGACAGAUAAGAAAGUUCAGAAGACAAAUCCCUAUCCAUGCUUACAGGACCCACCCAGGAGCUAGAGUGAAGAGUGAGCCAGCAGAGCCAAUGGCUGUGUGGGGCUCGGGUUUGUUCAUAAAAUCCCAUACAUGGGGAGAAGUCACCCAACAGCCUCCAUGCUGCAUGUAGAGAGGUAAAUAGCGAGUCAGGAUGCAUCUGGGGACUGAAAUGUAAACUCUGGAGGAGCCAAAAGAGAGGGAAAAAGAGGAGAAUACUCGCUUUCGAGAAGCUCCUGCAUUUAGAACCAAGGAACCAAGAGCUCAAGGGGAGGUAGAAGAAUUUCUUUGGCUGCUUUCUUCACCCCCACAAAUAGAUCACCAUCUCUACAGCAGGUGGGGUCCACACUUCCAGCCUUGGGUGUUUGUGUGUGUUUGUGUGUGCCUAGGAUGGGAGAUAACGUACAGAACUUAAUUCACCGUGCACAUGCAGUACCCAUCCCUGGAGAGGUCUCCUGCUUGGCUGUAGGGCUCCCAGGCUCCCAAUGAUACCAGCUCCCUCCUAGGUCCACAGCUUGGUUCUCUGCCCACUCCUAUCUCCUUCAAUGAGUUCUUUUUGCCUUGCCCCCCACUGUCUCCGUUCAGAAAGCUAACGACCAGGCCUAUUCAUCCCCAAUGGGACAAAAUACAAGCUCAUGACGAGGACAUAGGAACAGGGCUAUCAGAUUUCUUGAGCCAUCUCAUCACUUGAAAGCGACUAGCAGAUCUUUGUAUUUAUUUUCUCCAAACCCAAGGCCAUACCCAAUAGCAAUAAACAGGUCUAGCCAAGGGGAGCCUGAGCUCUGGGCUCCCAUUAGCUGGUGAGCGCUCUCUAUAAGCUGAUAUAGGUACUGAUAGACAAGUUGUGUUCUUAACAUCAGUUGGGGAUCAGAACUUUGUUUGAAUACGUUUUUGCUCAGAAGAGGAGGAGGAGGAUUACUUACUAAAGAUGGACUAUUUAUUAUAUCGUCUUACUGACUUA